AUGGCAACAGGGCAGCUGAGAGAUGUGCAGAAGAAGAUCUCAUUUGGGUCAUGUCAAGAGCGGAAAAUAUUCCCUUUCCACCACCCCUCAGACAGGCUGGGAAUCCAGCUGGUAGCCAUCAGGGGUAACCCUUUGCUUGGACCAGGCUGUUACCUGAGUGAAAAGAGAGGCAGCCUCAAAUACUCUUUGGAAAGCAAACCACUGAGCAAGAAGGGCUAUGUCAUAGGAGCAAGAACAGCCCAGCGUUCCACGCUACAGCCACAGACUGGGAGUCCUGGCCCAGCAACGUAUCAAUCAUUUUGGACCAAAGAGAGGAAAUGCCAGCCUGCUUAUGCUCCAUUUUCCUGUAAGACACCACGAUUUCCAGAUAAGCCUUCAGAUAAAGAAUUUUCCCCUGGACCUGGAACUUACAAAGCAGAGAAGAAAUUACCCAAAAAAGUCACUUGGCCAAUGAAAUUUGGGUCUCCAGACUGGUCUUUAGUGCCAACACCAGCAAAGAGGAUGGUAAAAAUGGAGGUACAGAAGAUGACCAUGGACAGAGACUUCAUUAAGCACCGGAACCGACUGGCCUACCUGAGUUUAUACUACAGCUGA